AUGUCUAGUCCACCAUAUAACAGCAGAUCUUCUCGAAACUCGAGAAAGAGACAAAAUGAACAUUUUGAUCAUGAUGACGACCUUGGAGAGGGGGGAUCACAUUUAUAUAACCAUAGGUCUUCACCCGUACAUCAACCUUCGUCACCAUUGGCUUCGUCGCCGCAACAUCAACAGGCGUUACCAUCGUCUCCCGCUAUUCCUUUUGAUGCUGGUUUAGAUGACGAUGGCGAUGAAGAAAUUCAAAACGAUAUUGCUGAUUUGAAUCCAUCGGAUGAAGAAGAUGGUGAUGAUUUAAUGGAUAAUUUAGAAAAUGAUUAUCGUGCUAAUCCUGAACAGGAUCAAUAUGACUUGGGAGAUGGUAAUAUUGACGAUACUCAAGAAUACGAUGAAAUGGAUGCCGCAACAAGAAGGAGAAUUGAUGAACAAUUGAAUAGAAGAGAUGCAAUUUUGAAUAACGCCAACCGUUCAAGAGGUGGCGCCUUUUUAGACGAUGAAGACGAGGAAGAUGAUGAUUUAGAUGGCAUGGAUCAGUAUGGUUUACCCAUUCAAAGAAGAAGAAGAAGACAACAACAUGAUGAGGAUCAGGAUGAUAUGAUGGAUGAUAUUGAGAUUGAUCCAUUUAGUGAAGAAUUGUCUUUGGAGAGCUUAACUGAUGUUAAAGCACCCAGCAUUACUGAAUGGAUAUUGCAACCAGCAGUUAGUAGGUCAAUUGCAAGGGAAUUGAAAUCGUUCUUUUUGGAGUAUACCGAUGCCAAUGGUGAAUCAGUCUAUGGUAAUAAAAUGAGAACGUUGGGUGAGGUCAAUGCUGAGUCUUUGGAAGUGAGUUAUAAAGAUUUAGCUGAUUCUAAAGCUAUAUUGGCUAUUUUCUUGGCUACGAGUCCAGAGGAGAUGUUGAAAAUUUUCGACAUUGUUGCCAUGGAAGCAGUUGAAUUGCAUUACCCAAACUAUUCCCAAAUUCAUCAAGAAGUCCACGUUAGAAUUAUUGAAUAUCCUACCUUGUUGAACUUGCGUGAUUUAAGAGAAAAUAACUUAAAUCAGUUGGUUAAAGUAUCAGGUGUGGUUACCAGAAGAACGGGGGUUUUCCCUCAAUUGAAAUAUGUCAAAUUUGAUUGUCUUAAGUGUGGUGUUGUUUUAGGUCCGUUCAUUCAAGACUCGAAUAGUGAAAUGAAGAUUUCAUUUUGUACCAAUUGUCAAAGUAAAGGUCCAUUCAAGAUGAAUUCCGAAAAGACGUUGUAUAGAAACUACCAAAGGAUCACUUUACAAGAGGCCCCGGGUACUGUCCCAGCAGGUAGAUUACCCAGACACAGAGAAGUGAUUUUGUUAUCCGAUUUAGUCGAUGUUUCCAAACCUGGUGAGGAGAUUGAAGUUACUGGUAUUUAUAAAAACAACUACGAUGGUAACUUGAAUGCCAAGAAUGGAUUCCCGGUGUUUGCCACUAUCAUUGAAGCCAACUCAAUUAGAAGAAAAGAGAGUAGUGCUUUCAUGGGAGGUAACAAUUUGGUUAAUAUAUGGACCGAAGAAGAGGAACGUGAAUUCCGCAAGUUGUCGCGUGAACGUGGGUUGAUUGAUAAAAUUAUAUCAUCAAUGGCGCCUUCAAUUUAUGGCCACAAGGAUAUCAAGACAGCAAUUGCUUGCUCGUUAUUUGGCGGUGUAGCCAAAAAUGUCAAUGGUAAGUUAUCCAUUAGAGGUGAUAUAAAUGUGUUGUUACUAGGUGACCCUGGUACUGCUAAGUCGCAAAUAUUGAAAUAUGUUGAAAAGACUGCAAGCCGUGCUGUCUUUGCUACUGGCCAAGGUGCGUCUGCUGUUGGGUUAACUGCAUCAGUUAGAAAAGACCCCAUUACACGUGAAUGGACAUUGGAAGGUGGUGCAUUGGUGCUCGCCGAUAAAGGUACUUGUAUGAUUGAUGAGUUUGAUAAAAUGAAUGAUCAAGAUCGUACUUCGAUUCAUGAAGCUAUGGAACAACAAAGUAUAUCUGUUUCCAAAGCUGGUAUUGUCACGACUUUACAAGCACGUUGUGCUAUUAUUGCUGCUGCUAACCCUAAUGGUGGUAGAUACAAUUCCACGUUACCAUUAUCGCAGAAUGUCAAUUUAACCGAACCAAUCUUGUCUCGUUUUGAUAUUUUGUGUGUUGUUCGUGACUUGGUCAAUCCUGAAUCUGAUGAACGAUUGGCUAGUUUUGUUAUCGAUUCGCAUAUGAGAUCACAUCCAGCUAAUUCUGAAGGAGUCAUCAAUGAUGACGACGAAGAAGAUAUUGCCGAAUCCAAUGUCUCAGCCAAGACCAAACAUGAGAGAUUAGCUGAAUUGAAACAACAAAAGGAACAAGAAAUAUCCCCCAUCCCACAAGAUUUAUUAAUCAAGUAUAUCCAAUACGCUAGAGUUAAGGUCCAACCGAAAUUACAUCAAAUGGAUAUGGACAAAGUUGCUAAAGUAUAUGCUGAUCUAAGAAAAGAAAGUAUUUCGACCGGUUCAUUCCCCAUCACUGUACGUCAUUUGGAAAGUAUUUUGAGAAUUGCUGAAUCGUUUGCCAAGAUGAGAUUGAGUGAUUUCGUUAGUCAAAAUGAUUUGAAUAGGGCUAUUAAAGUGAGUAUUGAUAGUUUUGUUGGUGCUCAAAAAGUCACUGUUAAGAAACAAUUACAAGCUAAGUUUCAAAAGUAUACUUUACCUACUAGAACUAGGUAA